AUGGAAAUCGCAAGACAUAUCGAGAAUGCAGUUAAAGAUGCAAAGUCUAUGUCUGCACCGACGGGAAAUGACAGUUACACAUUUAAAGGUGCAUGUUCCAAAAUUAACACACAGAAGAGACAAUACAGUAAACCAAAAACUCGGAACAUUCAGUGUUUCAGAUGCGGAUCCAAUCAACAUUUGGCGAACAACCCAACAUGCAAAGCCAAGAAUAUGAGAUGUUCAUCCUGCAAGAAAAUGGGACAUUUGCAAGUUGUUUGUAAAAGCAAAAGUGCAGUUCGACAGCUUGAGUGUGAACAACCAAGUGAUACGAGUUCCGAGGGACCCAGCUUCGAAGUGUUGGCAACUGACAAAGCAAGUGCAAACAAGAAAGUAGUUCAGUGUGACAUUUCGGUUAAUUCUGUGAACUUAAAACUUGUUGUUGAUACAGCGUCUGAUGUGUCUCUUAUGUCACUGAAACUUUUUAAGAAACAUUUUGACACAAAUGCAAUAGAACAGUGUAAGGCUAGCAUUACUAGUUAUUCCAACCACAAGGUAGGAGUAAUAGGUAGCUUUCAUGCAAUGGUUUGCUUCAAGGGUCAGGUUUCACAAGGCACAUUUUACAUUGUACAGUCAGGUACCAGUCUACUGGGUAAGGAUAUUAUUCAGACACUAGACAUAGGUAUUCAUGGGGGGUCUUUGACCUGCUUUGCGACCCGAGGCAAUGCAAGCUCUGAUGAACCUAAAUCAGAUUCGGUGAGUAUCCCUGACAGAUUCCCACAGCUGUUUAGUGAUAAGAUUGGAAAGGUUAAGGGCUUUAAACACAAAAUCAAAGUGCGUUCAGAUGUUAAGCCUGUGCAACAAAAAUUGCGCCGAUUGCCAUUUGCAGUGCGUAAUGCUGUUUCUGCCGAGCUGAAGAAAUUGGAAAAUUCUGAUAUCAUAGAACGUAUUGAUGCAAGUGAAUGGAUUUCUCCUAUCGUGGUAGCAUGGAAAAAAGAUGGCUCAGUCCGUGUAUGCGUAGAUUUGAGAAAACCUAAUGAAGCCAUUAUAGAGGAUAGGUAUCCACUUCCUAAUAUUGACGAAAUGAUAAGUGAAAUGCAUGGUGCAACCCAUUUUUCAAAGCUUGAUUUGAAAUCCGCCUACCAUCAACUUGAAUUGGUGGAAAGCAGCCGAGAUCUGACGGCAUUCAUUACACAUGAAGGUCUGUUCCGUUUUAAGCGUGUUUGCUUCGGUCUUUCUUCUGCACCAUCAUGUUUUCAAAAAAUGAUGUCUACAAUUUUGUGCAAUGUUCCAGGUGUUCAGUGUUUCAUUGACGACGUGAUUGUUUACGGCCGAACUAAAGCUGAACAUGAUCGCAACUUGAACUUGGUACUCCAGCGGUUGACUGAUGCUGGUUUGACGUUGAAUGACAAAUGUGAGUUCAAUGUUCCAUCCCUUACAGUUUUGGGUCAUGUGAUCUCGAAGGACGGUGUGCGUCCAAACCCUGAUUUAGUCAAAGCCAUUUCUGAUGCACCUGUACCGACUAAUAAGGAUCAGUUGAGGUCUGUUUUAGGGCUCUGCGGUUACUAUUCCAAAUUUGUGCCAAACUUUGCAGCGCGUAUACAACCGAUGCGAUGUAUUCAAACUGCUGAGAAAUUCAAAUGGACUGAAGAAGCUAACAAAGCUUUCAAGGACAUUAAGUCUGCUAUAGUUAACAGCCCUGCUCUUGCUCUAUUCGAUCCAUACCUUGAUAUCAUUGUAACUACAGAUGCUAGUGGAUAUGGUUUAGGUGCAACACUCACACAGGUGAAAAAUGGUUCAGAAGUUAUAGUUGCAUGCGCAUCUCGCAGUCUAACUGCAUUAGAAUUGAAAUAUUCUGUGGGAGAGCGUGAAGCUUUAGCAUGCGUAUGGGCAGUAGAAAAGUGGCAUACAUAUUUAUGGGGUCGUAGAUUCACUUUGCGUACAGAUCACCAAGCACUUGUGACACUGUUGAGUUCAAAAGGGACGGGUCACAAACCAAUGCGAAUUGCGCGAUGGGCAAUGCGGUUGUUACACUACACAUAUGACAUACAGUACAAACCCGGUGUUCAAAAUAAAGUGCCGGAUGCACUUUCUAGAUUGCCAUUGUCUACAAGUAAAGACAAAAUCCAGGAUGAGGAUGAGGCUGAGGCUGUGUGCCAACUUUGGUUUGAACAUGUAGAACAUAACAUUGCGAUAACCAGAGAACGUUUACAGCGAGCAACGUCUGAGAGCUCGAUUUGUACUCGUAUUUCCCAAUACAUUCAGAAUGGAUGGCCUUGUACAAAAACAGAAAUUAUUAAUGAUCUGAAACCAUUCUUUCAGGUGAAAGAUGAGUUGUCUGUACAUGACGGCAUUAUUUUCCGUGGGGAACGGGUGAUAGUGCCAGAUGAACUUUGUGCACAUGUGGUGAACUUGGCACAUGAAAGUCAUCAAGGUAUAGUGCGUACAAAACAGAGGCUGAGAGAUUUGUAUUGGUGGCCAAAGAUGGAUAUUCAGGUUACUGAGCUGGUAAAGUCGUGCAUUACUUGUCAGUUGAAUGACAAAUCUGCUGUUACGCGGACAGCACCUACGCAGCCAGUACCACUUCCGAAUGCUGCAUGGAGAAAACUUGGUCUCGAUUUUGUCGGGCCAGACUAUUCUGCACCGCCUGAACGGCGAUAUAUUAUUUCCAUGAUUGAUUACAGGAGCAAAUGGCCAGAGGUAGCAUUCGCUUCGGAUAUAAGUACCAAAACAGUGCUGAAGUUUCUUGUUACAGUUUUCAGUCGAGAAGGUUAUCCCGACGAAAUUGUUACAGAUAAUGGGCCUCAAGUGGUGUCCCAUGAAUUUGAAGAAAUUUCUACGACACAGAAAUAUAAAACACAGGUUUUCUUCGGUUUAUCAUCCGGAAGGAAACAGUGA